UGUUUCUCUAGAAAUGGCUUAAUUUUACUACCAGAGAGCAAGACCCAAGCUUGAAAAAAAAAUUAUGACGCUAUAUUUUCUCGAGAAAAUUAUGGUAAAUCCGAACAGUAGUGAGAGAAUACAGCAGCUCCGCAGCUUUUCUGUCUCAGAGUCGUGAUUCUCUGCCAAGCUUUUCCGAAUCGGGUGCAGCAACAGGUAUACGUCUAGCUACUGCUACGAGUGAAACUGAAAUUUCGUAGCUUUAGUGGUCUGAGAUGAUGUAAAGCUGGUAUUGAAAUCUUGUCUUAGUGGGGAAGAGAUGCUGAGAAUCCAAAAGCUCUGAUUUUUUUUUUCCUUCCAAAUUAAUGCUUUCAAAUUCGGUGGAAUUAGAUGGAUGCUUCUUCCGUUGGAUCAAAUAGAAACCAAGCUGAUCAAGAUCCUUUGCUAAUGGAGCGUGAAACUCAUAACGAUCGUGAGCAUAUCAUUGAUAUUACAAGCAAUGAUGAGGACUCUUCGUCAAGAUCAUCUAUCGAUGAACAAACCACUGAGAUGAGUUCACAUCAAGGGGAAGAAAGAGUAUCAUCAAGUAGUAUAGAACACCCAACACAUCUACCUUUGUCAUCUCCUCAGCAAAGACUUAAUCCGAGACAUGUAAGUUCAUCUAGGAGAGGAGGUGAUGGGCAUGGUCGUCUAAGCGGCAGGAGUCCUUUGAAUUCUGGGCUUUGGAUUUCGGUUGAGUUAAUUGUCACAGUGGGUCAGAUUGUUGCAGCCAUAGUAGUUCUGGCGUUGGCAAGGGAUGAACAUCCACAAGCACCAUUAUUUACAUGGGUUUUUGGCUAUACUUCAGGCUGUAUUGCAACUCUCCCCAUUCUCUACUGGCGUUUUUGCAAUUAUAACCAAGAACAUACAAAUCAAGAUUCCUCACACCGUGGUGGAUCUUCUCUGACCAACAACUCCACAGAGUCUACGCCAUAUGCUGCUGUCUCGAUGGUCCACACACCAGAUGAAGAAACUAACACAAGAAUUGGAGCAGAACCAAGAAACCAUCAAGGAGAAAAUUUAAGGGCAAGGCUCAAUGGACUGGUGGACCAUUUCAAGAUGGCCCUUGAUUGUUUUUUUGCAGUGUGGUUUGUUGUGGGGAAUGUAUGGAUUUUCGGAGGUCACUCCUCUCCUUCUGAUGCCCCUAAACUGUACAGAUUAUGUAUUGUGUUCCUUACUUUCAGUUGCAUCGGAUAUGCAAUGCCAUUUAUACUAUGUGCAACAAUUUGUUGCUGCUUGCCUUGCUUAAUAUCUGUUCUCGGGUUUCGGGAAAACUUCUCUCAAACAAGGGGAGCUGCUGUCGAGGUUAUCAAUGCAUUGCCCGUCUACAAGUUCAGAUUAAAGAGUGUAAAUGAUGAAGACCUUGCUGGGGAAGGUGAGGGUGGAUUCCUUCUCUCGGGAUCCCAGAAGAAAUGUCUUAUAUCAGGCGAAGAUGCUGUUUGCUGUAUAUGCUUGGCGAGAUAUGCAGACAAUGAUGAACUAAGGGAGCUGCCGUGUACACAUGUCUUCCAUGUGGAAUGUGUGGACAAAUGGCUGAAAAUAAACGCGACUUGCCCUCUCUGUAAAAGUGAAAUCGGCGAGAGCAGUGGUGGUGGUGGUGCUUCAUCCUCAUAGCCAAGAGAAGGGGACUCGUAACAUUCAAAACUAGAGAUGGUUCCAUAGACAGAGGCAGAGCAAGUGUUGUGUAGGUAAAGACAACACAGUUCGAGCACGUGUUGGAUAUGGUGAGACCACAAACUAUGAUCCUCAGUUUAUGGAGGGAAGGGCGCGUAAUAAGACAGCGUUGGGUUUUGAUUUGUUGCAAGGAAACAGAGUUGUGCGUCUUGUAUGUGUAUAGACUUUGAUUUGUAUAUAAAUGAAAUGAAUAUAUAUAUAAGAGAGGUGAAAUUGUUAUUUGA